ACCACCAAAUUAUGAGGUCCUUCCUUCUCUCAGUCGCUACCAAAAGCUCCACGUGCCACGCACGCAACUCGUCAAUUACUAGCCACCCCCAAUGAGACCAACUCCGGCGAAGCGCCACCACCAUCAGCGCCACCAGGAGGAAUCAGAGCCAUCGGUGGAGCUGCUCAAGGCGGUGGCGCAGGCGUGGCACGCGCAGUCCGGCAACCCCAAGCCGACCGACGAGUUCCACGCGCGCCUGCACAGCUACGCCCACCGCCGCCCCUCCCGAUUCAAGCUCGAGGCCGUCGCGCUGGCAGCGGCCGACGCCAACUGGGACUUCGCGCAGUCGCUGUGGGAUUCGUACGAGAUUGUGAUGCUGUCGAAGAAGCUGGAGGAUGUCGACUUGGAGACGGACCGGAAACAUGGGGUAUGUUCCGGCGGCCGGACCGGGAAGAGACAGAGAGAAUAAGCAUAGCUUGAGUAACCUCUUUCAUUGAUCUCCCUCCUUCGUCAGCUAAUUUCAGUUUGAAGCAUGCGAUGAGCAAAUAGUUUUUUUUUUUUUUUUUUUAAGUUGGUACCCUAUAUGCAGACUAAUUCUGUGACUGAUUUGUUUCUACUGAAAUUUUUAUUAUAAAUCAGGAAGGGCUUACAGGGACGAUCAUUUUAUAUCAA